AUGAGGGAUCCAUCUGAGGCGGAUAUCGCACCCGAGUUGGGAGAAAAUGCGCAAUCAACUCAGACGACGUCACCGACGACGUUCACAUUGCUGCAAUACCUAAACUCAACACCGCUACAAAAUGUGGUUGCAGCGCCAACGGGUAUGCACGAGGAUAGAGAAAUUGAGCGCAUUAUAUCCAAUCGUAAUUUCCUCAUUCGGUGCAUCAUCUAUUCACACCUUUUCGCCGCCUUGCUAGUCUCAGGGUUGAUUGCCUGGACAAUUGUAGGUUAUGAAAUAAGGCUAUACGAGUGGCAGCCACGUCCGUCAGAAUGCUUGUUGUUUUUCUGGUUGGUACGUGUACUGCUCAAGAUUUGCAUGAAUGUAUGGUCGAUACACUACCACUCGCGAACCAUGUCAGAUCCGCCUACAUUGGGUCACUUAGUGAAGGCUUACGAUGUUGCGAGUUGUAUAUGGCUGAUUUUCGCACUUUACUAUACAGUGCUGAAUCCACGUGAGAGCAUGAGCGCAUUUUCUACUAAGAUGUGCUUUUUCCUCAUUUGGAUUACUAUUGCCUGUUACAUCAGUCCUAUGCUUACGUACACAUUGUUAUGCUUGAUCUUAUACCCUGUGAUUUUUUACAUUAUUCGCCUGCGAAACCAUGGCAGCCUUUCCCCGGGACUGGGGAAAAAAGUGCUGAAGAUGAUUGAUGUGGACCGUUUCGACGCUGUCGUCGCUCGACUACGAAAAGGCGAAGCGAAACUCUCUAAGAGCAACGGGACAGAGACCAAAGAUCGCAGUGCGGUUAACGGGUCGAUUUCUGUUGUUACUGUGAGGGACGGUGACGGCGAGGCUCCGGAAAGCGCUAACGUCACUCCUAGGGAGUCUCAACCCAACACCACGAGUGAUAUCGACCGCUUGUGUGCUAUUUGCAUUAUGGAGAUCGAAGAUAGCGACAAGGUCUACAUCAUGCCCUGCGACAUACGCCACUUUUUCCACAGGGACUGCUUGAAGAAGUGGUUCAAACGCAGUAGAAUUUGCCCUAUAUGCCGGCUGAACAUAGCUGACCUCCUGAAAGAGGCGAAGGCGACUGCUGCCGCGUAA